AUGACGAACCAAUUACAUCUGACAGGCCUUCUUCAAGCAAUCACUCGCACUCUAAAUACAUUCAAUAUUCAAGCCGGCUCAGCACUCAUAGAACGAGCUCUUGUGAAUGUUAAUGAUGAUCCUAACAAUACUCAAUUACUUGCUAAUCUAAAACAGGAACUUGAUCAACUACCACCAUUAGCGAACCUCAAUAUGCAUGAAGAAAUGCUUUGGUUCUUUCGAACAAUAAUUGACUAUGUAUAUGCUGCCAAUGUGAUCGACAAAAGACUCGUGACACGAGCUAUUGAAAAGCUUAAUCGUGGCUUAGAACCAUUUGCUCGAAAUGAUGAACAACGAACGGCCUUGCUCGAAAUGCAAAUAGCGAAAGACGAUGCACUCGACGUCGAACCACGCCAUCGAAUAGGUAACAAGCCAAACAAGCAAUGUGUUAUUGACGCGACAUAUGAAAAGGACGAAGAUUUGCAUAUGACGCGUGAGCUAAAGUUAACUGGUUACUGA